UUAUGGAUCUGAGCAGUUGUAAUCUGGAUUGUCCCACUCUGACCACUGGGUACACUGGCUCUUGGAUCUCUAAGGAGGUGCUAAUAUAGCCUCUGCCUGAGGCUACUCAGCAGGAGCUACAGAGAGAUCUGCAGAUUCCUCUUCUUUGUUUUCGGUUUGUAGGUGCCCAGAUGAGGCCCAGCUGUGAAGCAGUGCAAGGUGCUGUGGGGCUUGGGCCUUCUUUUGGAAGUUCUGGGUCUGUCUGACCCAGCUGCAGUUUGUUAGGUAAUUUUCAGAUUGCAAAGGGCCAGGCCUUGGAUAUGCGAAAGCCUCUGUGCACAGCUUGGGUGUGGCGGGGUCUCAUUGAUCAAUGGGACGGAGCAAGCAGCUAUGGCUGCUCCUCAGUCCUACCCUAAGAGGCCCAGCGUCUCAGUGUCCCCGUAAUCUGUGCAAGUUCUGCUGAGAGAAAGCCACCCUCGAGUUCCAACCGAUGCCAGACAGUCCAGUUUCUCCCCGAAUGAGUCUGAGUCCCUGUAGACUCGGCCGGAGCUGGAGUUCAGAGCAGUAGGGAGCUUGAGACUCCCUCCCGAUUGGAAAAGACAACCGUGACCUCAUUUGCCAGCCCUUUUCACUUGGGCCACGUCCUCAGUUGCCAGCCCUUUCCAAGUGCGCCACAUGCUCAGUUGCCAGCCUUUUCCGCGUGCACCUCCAUACCGCUGCACUCUACUUCCGCACCUCUUCUGAGUCUCAGUAUGCUUUUCUCUUUCCUUCUAGUUGUAGAAUUUCCACUCAGCCAGCCUUCCUGUGGUUCUGGAUGAUGUUUGUUUUGUCUUUUAGUUGUAUUGUUGAAGUGGUUGUGCAUGGCAGCAAUUUCUGGUGUUUACCUAUUCCGCCAUCUUGGUUCUAUCAGCACUCAGUUUUCAUAGUGAUCAUUUCUACUGGGAUUCCCAGCCCAUUGAUAACCUUCACCUCUCUUGACUUUGCACCUGUGCCUCUUUCACAGGUCUCUCUUUUCUGCCCUCUAACAUUGGUCCAUGCCUGCAGUACCUUGGAGUGCACACAUGUUAUUUUAUUGAUGUUGAACAUCAUGUGGUUUAAUACAAUACAUUUUUAUGGCUUUGAGCCGUCUUAAAUGAUUCUACAUAGACUCCCAUGGCCAACAUGUAAGGUCCUAAUGGAAGCCGUUUGUGCAGAAAAAAUAAGUAGAGCCUUCCUCUCUUCUUUGUGUCCCGUCCUGUGCUUCUGUCCCUCUCUUGGUUUGCUUUUUAUCAUAACUGAGUUUUGGGGCCACAAUAUGCAUAACAACAGUUUCCUCAGAGUAUACCUCACUGGUCCUUAAAAUCUUUUUAUGGAAUCAGGCAUAGUCAUGACAGAUAAACAUUUGUAGUGCAGAUAUUCUGAUUUCAUAGGGUGAACAUAUACUUUACUAGUGUUUCCUUUUGUUCAGGUUGCUGCUGUGGAGCAGAGAAUGAGGAGGCAGCGACUGAACAGAACUUUUUUGGGAGAGUUUCACAGGCAUGGAAUGCCCAGUUACCUUUGUCUUCCCAGAAGAGCCACCCCUGUGAGAGUUGUGGACUUGUCUUGGGAAACAUUUUCCAUGUGAUGGAGCUGCAGGGAACACAACACAGACAGAUACUGUUGAGGUGUGGGGCAUGUGCAAAAGGGUUUUACUUCAGUGUAAAUAUUCAUCAAUGGAAUGUGAGAGAGAAGACUUUCAGUAGAGGUGUGGACAGGAUCUCCCUUGCAAACAGCUACAAUUUCAAUGGGUCCCAAAAUUGGUUCAUAUGCGGGGAGGUUGGGCAGAGUGUUCUUACCGAAUCAGGACAGCUCCACCUAAAGGCUACUCAGACCAGGGACCACCCAAAUUCUAUUUCGACACGUGGGAUGACAUUUCAAAGGACAAAAAAUUAUUACGCCCGAAAAGAAUCUAAGAAAGACAUUACUUGUACCCACACGUUUAUUCAGGAAAAGGAUGUCAAUGUUGGAAGUGGAUGUUUUGUGUGCUCUGAAUGUGGGGAAUAUUUUACCAAAUUUUCUAGCUUUUCUCUUCUACAGCAAGGUCACACUGGAGAAAGGCCUGAUCAGUACAGUGAAUAUGGGAAAGCUUUUAGCAAUAGUAACAGCCUAGGUGAAGCUUUGCACACUGAAGAAAGGCAUUAUGAGUACAGUGAAUAUGGGAAAGCUUUUAGCAGUAUUAACAGCCUAGGUGAAUAUGAAGCUUUGCACACUGAAGAAAGGCCCUAUGAGCACAGUGAAUGUGGAAAUCCUGUUACCAAUAGCACUGCCCUCCAUUAUGAUCAGAGCGUUCUCACAGCAGAAAGGCCUUAUGAGUGCAAUGAGUGUGGGAAAUCUUUUACUAGUAGCAGUAAUCUUCAUUGUCAUCAGAGAAUUCACACUGGAGAAAAGCCUUAUAAAUGUAGUGAAUGUGGAAAGUCUUUUUCAACUUUCAGUACUCGCAAAUAUCAUCAUUACAGAGUGCACUCUGGAGAAAGGCCUCAUCACUGCAGUGAAUGUGGGAAAUCUUUUAUCACUUUGUCUCACCUUCAGAGUCAUCAGAGGGUUCACACAGGAGAAAAGCCUUAUAAAUGCAAUGAAUGUGGGAAAUCUUUUUCCCAUAGCAGUAACCUUCUUUCUCACCAGAGCAUUCACACUGAAGAAAAGCCUUAUAUAUGUGGUGAAUGUGGGAAAGCUUACAACUGUUUCAUUAAACUUUGUCGUCAUCAAAGAGUGCACACUGGAGAAAGGCCUUUUCACUGCAGUGAAUGUGGGAAAUCUUAUACUAGGCAAAGUGCACUUUGUGAGCAUCGGAGAAUUCAUAGAGGAGUAAAGCCUCAUAAGUGCAGUGAAUGUGGGAUGACUUUCAUCAAAAGCGGAACUCUCAAAAAACAUCAGAGAGUUCACACUGGAGAAAAGCCUUUUAAAUGCAGUGAAUGUGGGAAAUCUUUUACCACGAAAAGUACACUUUGUCAUCAUCAGAGAAUUCAUACAGGAGAAAAGCCUCAUAAAUGCAGUGAAUGUGGGAAGACUUUCAUCCAAAACAAAGCUCUCCAAAAUCAUCAGAGAGUUCACACUGGAGAAAAGCCUUUUAAAUGCAGUGAAUGUGGGAAAUCUUUUACCAGGAGCGAUGUCCAUUGCCGUCAUCAGAGAAAUCAUGCAGGACAAAAGCCUUAUAAAUGCAGUGACUGUGGGAAAACUUUCACCGAAAACAAAGCUCUCCAAAAUCAUCAGAGAAUUCACACGGGAGAAAAGCCUUUUACAUGCAGUGAAUGUGGGAAAUCUUUUACCUGGAAGAGUGUUCUUCGCCAACAUCAGAGUGUUCAUACAGGAGAAAAGCCUUAUAAAUGCAAUGACUGUGGGAAAUCUUAUACCAGGAUCACCAGGCUUCGCAGUCAUCAGAGAGUUCAUACAGGAGAAAGUCGUUAUGAGUGUAAUUAAUGUGAGAUAUCUCUCAGCCUAAUUUGUAAAUUUGCUCUGCACAAAAGAGUCCGAAUGUGAAAAGUUUCUCAGAUGUGUUGAAAAUGUAGUUUCUUAGUUAGGACUUAACAAUUGUAUAAGAAAAUAGGUGAAGUCUCAUUAGUCAGAAUUUAUCUAAUACUUUGAAUCACCUACAUUAUGUAACGUACCCGCAACUAUUUUUGCUCUUCUGUUUGCUUGUUUGUAUGUUGGAACCAUUCGUAUGUAUGCUGGAAUUUUUAAGAUAAAGAGCUGUCUUGCCAGGUGGAAGAAC